GCUGGCAUUGGCAACAUUAGUAGCGACCGUCGCGCUGCGCGUGGUAAUCAACUAUGAAAUAAAUCAUUUGCUAUUGUUCUGUACCGAAAAUUUUCACGUAUUACGAAUUAUAAUAUAUUCAAUGAUUUUGUAACGAAAUUAGUGUAGUGAAAAUGACAUUGAAUAUUUAGUCUACAACGAUUAAUUAGUUUUAGCAAUCCAUUUAUUUCUCUGACAGUGUAAUAAUCAGUGAGUAUUAUGAACUUUGAGGACUAUGAAACGCUUCCGACCCAAAAUUCCAUCACACACAUGACGGCGGGAGCGAUCGCCGGGGUGAUGGAACAUUGUGUGAUGUACCCGUUGGACUCGGUCAAGACCCGGAUGCAGUCUCUGCGAUCAGCUCAUAAUGGCAGCAUUGUUGAAACUUUUCGAUAUAUGGUGCAACGGGAGGGCUUGCUCAGACCAAUCCGCGGCAUGUCAGCCGUGGUGGUGGGCGCUGGACCGGCGCACGCGUGUUUCUUCGCGACGUAUGAACAGAGCAAACACACUUUAUCACAGCUCACCAGGCAUCGGCAUGAUCACAUUACCCAUGGUCUUUCCGGCUGUUUGGCGUCACUAAUCCAUGAUGCCGUCUCAAAUCCCACCGAAGUUGUGAAACAGAGGCUGCAGAUGUUGAAUUCGCCGUACCGUGGCGUUUGGGAGUGCGCAAGACAUGUGUAUAGGGCUGAAGGUUUGCGAGCGUUCUACCGCUCGUAUGGAACACAGGUCACCAUGAACGUACCAUUUCAGGCUGUACACUUCGUAACAUACGAGUGGUGUCAAUCCCGAAUGAACCCAACGCGUGGGUACGAGCCGCGAGCCCAUUUAACGGCGGGCGCGUGCGCGGGCGCACUCGCUGCAGCCACUACUACGCCGCUCGAUGUUUGCAAGACACUGCUUAACACGCAGGAGCGAGGCGCAGAGGGACUUGUAGGCGCCGCGGGUCUGGUUAUGCGAACCUCAGGGCCGCGAGGGUUCUUUAAAGGCGUGGCCGCGCGAAUCUUAUACCAAAUGCCGGCUGCUGCCAUCUGUUGGCUGACUUAUGAGACAUUGAAACACGCACUCAAUACGGUGGAGUUAGCCGAGGAGUCAACUACAAAUACAGCAGGUUCGAGUCUCGCGUGUGCAACUUUACGAAUAGCGGCCGCCGAAGUGCCAGCCACUACACUCACGCGCACAUAACACACUAACAACCUCCUCUCGUACAAAACUAACUAACGGAUGCCCGUAUGUUAGAACGUAUUAGUUUAGGCGCUUCCAAACGAUAUUUUCAAUUAAAAAAUCAA